GCGGAGAAGGCUUUAAGCUCGGGUUGGCCAAUUUCGCGGAGCGCUUGGCUCACUCACACUCUCAGCUCCUUCCACCGCAAACGGCGUCUCAGACUGUCAGUCCGCCAGAAGGAAGCCAUAGUUGCGUGAGCAAAGAUGCACCCUUUCGCGGCCGCGACUCUGGUCGCGGCGUUGCUUUUUCUGCGAGUUUCAAGGGUGGAUUCUCGAUUUGGUGGGUUUGUAGAGAGCAAAGGAUUGUCGCCACCCCCGGGUUACAAACACACCGCCUUCAGACUAAUCGUCCCGGAAGCAGCAAUGGCAACCCUCAACUGGCACACCGCCCUCAGACACGCAGCAUUUCUUAGUCUCCGCAGGAAAAUCAGCAGAUUUGGGGACGGAAGCCGAGCUGAGCGCACUCUAUGGGAGCAGUUAAUGGUGGCGCCCGUUUUUCCCGUCCAACUACACCCUCCCGAGAGUGAAGACGCAGAUUUGUCUGUUCUAUCAAGAGGACUUCUGCUCCGAGAAGCUGGCCACUUGGCCUUUGCUCCUGAAGACAUUCUUCUGCAUCCCGCCGCAAACACGCGUAAAGUUACAGCCUUGUGGAGCGUCAUCAGGGUACGCCACAGCGGGCCAGGGCUCAAGGAGCCCCAAAUUGAAUUCUAUUUUACGGUCACGCCGGCGUCGCAUUUGAGCAUGCUGGCGCACCUGGAGAAACCUAACAGGGUGCCUGUGGUCUACAAAGGACCUUUCUUUGGCCAGCACCCAGGACAAUUUUAUCACCCAGGAUUCAUCAACUCGUACAAGCAGGUGGUGCACAAUUACAUUGCUCGGAAUCCUGAAGAGGAAGGCAAAAGUUUUCUCCAGGAAAAAGAGAACGGUGAAUUUAAACAAGAGCCCAUUUACAUUAUACCCUCGCCAAGAUUGGUUCAACCACACUUUCCGAAAGUUGCCAACGUUGCCAAGCUCAACAUUCCGGAAGAGCCUGCAGUUAUAAAUUUGCAUGUGCAGAAGCCAAUUUUUGCUGAAGAAGUAGAGGAAAGCGAAAUAGUGACAACAGAAAAAAUUCCAGAAAUGACUACAAAAAGAAGUUCAAAAUACCGAAAAGCUGCUAAGUCGCACUGACUGAACGUUGUAUAUUUUUGUUCAAAAUAAACCAUUUAAAGAAAAUGACUAACAAACAAUAAGGUAACUCACCAGGCGCAUCAGAGUACUUGAAGGUAGGCUCAGGCUUCUCUGGAAUGAGCGGCUCAAAGGUCUCUGGCACAAUCUUGUGGAUUCGCUCGUGAUAGGCAAGGC